AUGAGUGACACCACCAACUCCGAUCAGGGCCGGACCGGGAGUGGUAGCAGCUACGUGCAUGUUGAGCGCAGCGAUGUCGAAAGCUACCAGGACAGUCUCUAUGCUGGUCAGUUCGACUACUCGGAAUCUUUAGCUUCCUGGGACAACCUCCAAUCCGGAUCCAGCGGCCAGAAUGUUGCUGCCCGGGAUGCUGCCGGUGGUCAACACACGGACUGCACUCGGGGGUUCGAGCCAGGCUACCGUCGCAGUCCCUACCAGACAUCGACCAUGUACGCCGGGCCCAGCGACUACAACCCACAUACUCAGUAUGCUGCGCCAAUUGGACCUCCCUCUCAGGGAUUGGCGUUUACACCAAAUCAUGGGCCGUAUGGCACGCAGCCCCUCUACAACUUACAAGAUGACAUUGGGCAAACCUAUCCUGCGCUUACUCAAGGUGACGAUACGAUGUCUCCUUACAGGGCAGCAUUCGGGCAAGUGCCCGAUGGCCGGUGGUCCACAGUCUACCAACAAGCCGAACGUCGGCAACAUCUGGACCAACAAGUGAAUCAUUUGAUGGACGUACUUGAUCCAGCUGGUGUUCAAGCUAUCGCAAGGAGUAACGGCUACGCAUCCGAUACAAGCUCAAUGUCGUUUGACGAUGUCGACGAUCAAGGUUGGGGAGGAGCCAGCGUAGCCACUAUUCGCCCAGAGAACGGUCCGCAAAACGCUCCAGUCGAUUAUUCGAACGGCUCGCAAUACCCACAACCCCUCGCAGGUCAAGCGAGGUUUCCGAUGCCUCCGAAUCGAGCAGUAGCACGGCCCGCGCGGCAGACAAGUCUUGCAAUACGGACUCAUCCUCGCAUGGCGUGA